AUGUGCGCGUCAGCUGCCGCCGUGUACUGUCUUCUGACAGCCGCUCUGCUGUCGGCCUGCUGCCUCCAAUUGGCAAACGCAACUGAGGAUGACGUCACACCUCGCAUCAGUUUCCCACACAGACGAGUGGAGAGACGGGAGCGCUGGUACGACUCCAGCCUGCUCUCCUCAUCAAGAGCCUCUCCAGAGAUGCACAUGGACGAGGACUGUGUUUGGAGUCUGCACGAGCACUUUAAACACCAUCAGCAGCACAUGCCAGUCCAAAACGCGAAAGAGAGAUCGGCCAAGAGGUUCUCCAUGGACGGCAUCUUCAAUUACACGGCGCUGCUGCUCAGCCAGGAGGACGACAUGCUGUACGUCGGGGCCCGGGAGGCGCUGUUCGCCCUCAGCCUCUCCGACAUCAGCAGGACCAAACUGCAGAAGAACCUGACAUGGGGCACCCCUGCUGGAAAAAGGGAAGAGUGCAGCUUUAAAGGAAAGAACCUGGAGACUGAUUGCUUCAAUUACAUCAAGGUUCUGCUGCGGCUGAAUAGCACUCACCUGUACGUGUGUGGCACCUACGCCUUCAGUCCCGUCUGCGCCUACAUAGUAAGUACUGACCCCUCAACUAACACGUCGACGUUCACGCUGGAGCGGGACGAAGCAGGCGAGGUUGUGACGGAAGAUGGACGCAGUCGCUGCCCUUUCAACCCCGAGUACAAAUCCACGGCCAUCAUCGUCGAUGGAGAGUUGUACACUGGUACUGUCAGUAACUUCCAGGGGAAUGAGCCAGUCAUUUAUAAAAGCUUGGGUCAGGGAACGGCGCUCAAGACGGAAAACUCCUUGAAAUGGCUGCAAGAUCCCGUCUUUGUCGGUUCGGCUUACAUCGAGGAGAGUCAGCCGGCAGGUAACCCCGUAGGUGACGACGACAAAAUCUACUUCUUCUUCAGCGAGGCGGGAAAGGAGUUUGACUUCUUUGACAGCACCAUCGUGUCGAGGAUCGCCCGGGUCUGCAAGGGUGACAAGGGCGGUGAGCGGGUGCUGCAGAAGAAAUGGACCACGUUCCUGAAGGCUCAGCUCCUGUGUUCGCUCCCCGACGACGGCUUCCCCUUCAACAUCAUCCAGGACAUGUUUGUUUUGAAGCCCAUGGGAGACAGCUGGGAGAGCACCGUGUUCUACGGCGUCUUCACCUCUCAGUGGUAUAAAGGGGCAUCGGGCAGUUCAGCAGUCUGUUCCUUCAGCAUGGAGCAGGUGGAGCAAGCGUUCAGCGGCCGCUACCGGGAGGUGAACAGAGAGACGCAGCAGUGGUACACCUACAACCACCCGGCCCCGGAGCCACGGCCCGGAGCGUGCGUGACCAACCAUGCCAGGCAAAUGGGUAUCCAUUCAUCCCUGCACAUGCCCGAUAAAGUGCUCAACUUCGUCAAGGACCAUUUCCUGAUGGACAGCGUGAUCCGCAGCGCUCCCCUGCUGCUGAAACGCAGCGUGCGCUACACCCAGAUCGCCGUGCACAAGAUCCAGGGCAUGGAGAAGGCUUACGAUGUGCUUUUCAUCGGGACAGAUGACGGAAAGCUUCACAAAGCCAUCAAUGCCAACAGAAAGAUGCACAUCAUAGAGGAGAUGGUUCUGUUUGAGGAGCCUCAGCCGGUGCAACACAUCGAACUGGAUCCUCAACGGGGACUUUUGUUCGUGUCGUCAUACUCGGGCCUGGUGGAGGUUCCAGUGGCAAACUGCUCCAACUACCUGAGCUGUGGCGAGUGCGUGCUGUCCCGAGACCCGUACUGCGCCUGGACGGGCCGCCUGUGUCGCGACGUCAGGAUGGCUCCACCUGACAGCCACUGGCAGCAGGACGUGGAGGAGGCUGACACAUCAGCCAUCUGUAACAGGACCGUUCCCAGCCCCAGAUCUGCCAGACCAGCCGCUCCUCGUGGCUCUCAUUGCAAGGUCAUUACGAUGCCAGCCAACACGUUUCGAGUGCUGCCCUGUAAGCUCCGGUCCAACCUGGCCCAGAGGAGGUGGCACUACAGCGACAGCACCAGCAAGUUCCUGUACGCCACGCCGGAGGGGAACCUGGUGGUGGUGGCCCAGUCCGACCAGGUGGAGACGUACGAGUGCUGGUCGGAGGAAGAGGGCUUCCGCCAGCUGCUGGCCAACUACUGCGUGAGAGCAGAGCCCCGGCAGGAGAGCACGACUCUGAUCGGCCACUCGCGCACGCCGCACAUCGCCCAGGAGGAGAGCAUCAUCCUGCCGGGCCAGUCCCCCGCCGAGCAGGUGCACACCAAGACGUACUGGAACGAGCUGAUCGUGGUGUGCGCUCUGCUGGCCUUCUCCCUGGUGGUGUUCUCCCUGUUCGUCAUCUACAGGAACCGCGACCACAUGAAGUCCAUGCUGAAGCAGGGCGAGUGCCCCAACAUGCAGCAGAAGAAGCCCCGGAUAGCGGGGAAGCCCACGGAGAGCCUGCCGCUCAACGGCAACACCAUCCCCGUCUCCACGUCGGACCACAAGGGCUACCAGACGCUAAACGACAACUACAUCUGCAGCACGCCCACGCACGAGUCCUCGCCGGACAACAGCAAGAGCUUCUCCGAGUCCUCGGACCGGCGGCCGCUCAACGUGAAGGAGAGCCACGUGGAGUACUCGCCCACCUGCCCCCGGCCCCGGGUCCGGCUGGGCUCGGAGAUCAAGGACUCCAUCGUAUGAGAGCUGAGCGUUCACUCAGAGAUGACACCCUGCAUCUCCGUGAGGGAGAACGGCCUUCGAGCACAGGAGAGGAGACCCCUCACACGAUCCUACAUCACAGCACGUUUCCUUUCUUUUAAUCAUGUCGGUUCUGUGAUCAGUGCGGAGGUCAUUUUCAUUUAACCAUUACCACUCCAAAGCCAGAGGUUGCUCUGGUUUUUGCUGCUACAGACAUAUACGAGGAGGCAGCACAAUCUCUGGUUUCAACUAGGAUAACCACGGCAGCUGCUAAGAGUAAUUAUAACUGUCUUUUUUGACUCAAACAGACGGCCACUAACAUCGGUGUGUGUGUGUGAGAGAACAGGUGCAGGGAAACGAAAGACCUUCUAUUAUCACAGUAUCUUUUUAGGUAUAUAUCAGUAGAUGGUCCUAUCUAGAUGUCUGUCGCAUACAAUGAUAAAAUCAAAGAUAUUGUAACCCUGUAAUAUUGCACAUGUUCUGCAGAAGAACGCGCUUCUGUCACGCACACCAGACCCCGGC